AUGACAUUUCUAACGAGAUGUUCAACGAGAAGGAUUGUUCAUUGGACAGAAAAAUAUAAGCGAAAUAAGUCUCCUUAUUGCUUUAAUUAUGAUGCAGAGAUUAAUAUCUCUAUCUUUAGAUCAAUCAGAUUUUACCUAUUUUGCAGAACUAAUAUUGUAUUAUCUGAAGAUGAAUUGUUAUCUUUUGCAUGGCUUAUAAGGCUAUCCCAGACAUUCAAAGUUGCAAUUGAGCAUAAGCAUAAUAAUGAAGGAAGUUCUCUUUGA